UAUUUAGUGGUGUUCAAUCAUUAUAAGUACACGCUGUGGAAAUCUUAAAAAAUGAGCAAAAUGAUAGACAAACGAGAGUCUGGCAGGAUAAAAGAUGCAGAGCAGAAAAGGAUUCUGGAUGAAGCGGCUAGAAGACGUCGACAACGAAAGGCCUUGGAGGCCCUAGAACAAGAUAACUUUCAGGAAGAUCCACAUGCUGAUCUUAAAAUGAGUAAGAAAGCACCAAAAUUUGAGGAAUCUAUGGAAACACAGUCAUCUCAACAAGGCAGCAGAAAGAAGAAAAAGUAUCGUAGUGAUCUUCUUAAGUACAGAUUUAAGAAAAGUUUUGCUGCAUUGAUAGAAGAGGAGCACAUGACAAACAAAGAUCCACCUAAUUAUGUGAGUGCGUGUGCUCCACCAUCCAAGCUGCCUGCUCGACAUUUCUGUGCUGUAUGUGGAUAUCCAUCAACAUAUACAUGUGUUCAGUGUGGUGCCAGAUAUUGUUGUAUAAGAUGUUUGGGUACUCAUCAGGACACCAGAUGCUUGAAAUGGACAGCUUGAGAAAAAACGAAUGGA